GGCCUUUCUCUCAGAGCUGGAAACUGCGGGAAUUGAUGGCAGGCCGGUCGCUGCAAGCGCAGCUCUUUGACAAGACGCCGGAGCAGCUCUCUCUCAACCAGCGGCUGGAGCUCGACCCGGACCUCGACGAGCUCGAGCUCGAGCUCGCGGCAACCGACGCGUCCGAGGCCGACCAGCAAGUGCUCGUCAUGUCCGAGACCAUCGACCUGCUCCGUCGCCACCUCGAAACGCAGCGCAAGGAGCUCCAAGCCGCGUACCGCACGCUUCACGAGUACGAGACCAAGACGCAGUCGGAGCGCUCGAAGGCGCUCGCAACCGAGUCGCAGCAGGCGUCGGCCGACCAGCAGCUGCGCGACCUUGCCUUUACGCUCGAGCUCAAGAACGUGGCGCUGCACGAAGCGACGAUGGAGAAGGAGUCGAUGCGCAUCGAGUUGCAAAAGUACAAGGCGCUGACGCGGGAGCUCUCGGAGCGUCUUGAACGCACUUGUGUGCCAACUGCGACGACGUUCACGACGAGCAACAACCAGAGCAACAACGUCUCGGGGCUCAACCAAGCCAGCGUGCACUCGGCCGCGAGCAACCAGAGCGGCCACGUGCCGAAGCGCGAUCGAUUCGACCACAUCGUGCCGGCUUCGAUUGAGAACCGAGAUGACUUUUGGAAGCUGCAGUGGAAGGAGGCGAUGCGGGCUCGAAAGGGCCACCCAACGACGAUCUACAACCAGUUCCCCGACCCGCCGCCCAAGCAACCGACGCUCAAGAUCUUUUCCAGUCCGCCCCACGGCAAGCGAGGGUUCGCGGACCGCGACGAACGCUUCCCCGUGUCCCGCUACAUUGGCAUCAACAGCCGCCAAAGCGCUCUCAUCAAGGAGUGCUACAAAGUGGUCGGCAACACCACUUAAAACACACAAAUGUAUCGAGACAGGUUGUAAAGCACUCAAUAAAGUGUCUCUGGACGGAGAGCAGCAUUUAC